ACACUGUCAUACAGGGGAGCUUGAAGAAGUGUUUCGGACAUUGGAGGAAGCAAGCUCCAAUGUCGACGGGGAUUGUUUUUCGCAGUCUUGAUUUCUUGGCAUUUCCAAGCCAUGGUUCUGGAAGUCACUCCCAGCCUCGCGGUGUUUAUGUCUCUCCAUCAAUGAAAAUCAACCCAACAUCUCCACGGACAAGGAAGGAGGCACAGUCUGUGGAGGUUCCAACAACAUCUAGUCCUCAUGUUGAGCCUUCAAAGCCAUCAAAUCUUCGGUUUGAUCGGCUGCAACAUUUGGAUCAAGAGUUUAAUCAUGGGAAGGUAAUGGAUUUUGGACGAUUCGUGACCCGGGCAGCAGUACUUGAUGAAGAGUAUUGUACAUCGGCAUGGUUGAGAGCAGAAUGUCACUGGGAGGAUCAACCAUAUGGACGCUAUGUCAAUAACUACAAAAGAAAAUUUGCAGAGCAGGAAUUUAAUGCAUUAAAAAGGCGAUGCAAUGGACAGUAUGUAGAAAAAUGCACCUGCAUCGUCGCGGUAAAGAAGGCAGACAAGAAUGAACAAUGUACGAUACUGAAGAGUGUGGUUGGAACUCUGGAUUUAAGCAUCCAACACAUGUUACAAGGAGAGGAGUAUCCUGGGGAACUCAUGAAGGCUCCAAUCUUUCACUGCUUCAACCGAACGAGACCACGGAUGUAUGGCUAUUUAGCAAACUUAUGUGUGGCCAAAAGCGCACGUCGCCGGGGCAUUGCAAGCAAAAUGUUGCAGUUUGCUAUUGAAUCUGCCAAAUCAGAUAGUGUGGAGCAGGUGUUUGUGCAUGUUCACAAGGAUAACAUACCAGCAAAGGAGCUGUACCAAAAAAUGGGUUUCCAGAGAGUGGAAACAGCAACCCCUCGUUCCUUAGAAGAGCAGAAUUACUUGCUAUGUUUAAAGAUAAAGCAUUUGUAAAUUGAUGAGAGCAGAUCUUCUUCCUCUUUUGGUAUAAAACAGACCAAUCCAUGGAUUUCUUGUAAAAUUAUUCAAAAGCCAAUUCUUGAAUUUUUCUGACCACUGCAAUAUGGUCCCAAAAUUAUAAUAUAGAAGCUAAUUUACUUUCUUCUG